AUGGUUCAACCUUCGACACCAGGGAGCUUCCAUGCCUCCAUUUUUGGGGGACCUAGUGCAUCGACCUCCAAUGCGGACACGGGAAGCACUGCAUCUUACGCCCCGACGACAUUAUCAGCAGCCGGCACUGUUGUUGCAAUGUCCACCGAAGGCACCAACACUCCCACUGGGAUCCCCACACCCGGAUCUGCUGCAUCAUCAAACAACACAUACAUCUUGCCGAGCUCGCCAGCCAAGAAUCGGAUUGCCCCCGGCGGGUACCGUCCCAAGGUCACGCGCACGAGGGGACAGAGACCCGCAUGUCUUGUCAACGCUUCAGUCACGUAUUGCGGUAACAACCAGAUCUUCGCCUUUGGAGGAUUCGAUCAAUACACGGACGAGGUCUAUAAUCAUGUUCUCAAAUUAGACUUGACAAGCCACCAGUGGUCGCUUGUUGACAACUACGGCGAUAUACCAGGGGUUCGGAUGGGUCAUACCGCAACACUGUAUCAGGGCGACAAGUUGCUCGUGUUCGGCGGCGAGAACGAACAUCGAACGUACUUGGCGGACCUGAUCAUGUUUGAUCUGAAAACCGCACACUGGACUCAGCCGGCAGUUACGGGCCCCAUACCCCAGGGUCGCGCAAGGCACGCCGCUAUCCUGCACGAGGACAAGCUCUUCAUCAUCGGUGGCAUCACUGGCCAGAACAACUACGUGCUCGAUGACAUCUGCUUUCUCGAUUUGAAGACAUUCACUUGGUCCAAGUCAUGGAGGUUCGUGGGGCGGUUUGAUCAUUCUGCCUAUGUGUGGGCGGACAGGGUCUGGGUGUUCGGUGGGCUGAGCGAGGACAUGGACAAGGUCAGCGAUCUCUGGUGGCUGGACCUGAAAGGGAGCCCCGAAUUUGACUCGCGCCCAAACGUGGGGGUGUUUGAUCGCAACUCAUCCAACAGCCGCACUCUUGGCCAUGCCUCUCGGCCACCGUAUACCAGCAUGGCGCCUGCAUCCUCGACAAGCACCACAAGUGGCUAUGCCGCCAACUCUCGCACGGCACAGGUCAAUCCGCCUUCAUUUCAGAUCAAGUCCUAUGCGCCUGUAGCACCUGGCUCAAUCUCUUCUGUCAAGUUCAUCUCUGGCCCGGCAGUGCCUUCACAAGGGUCAGGCAUUCACUACCAUGCAUAUUCUUCGGGAUCGUUACUGGACUUUGUCACCCCUGCGGCAACAAUUACACCGCGCGAAUGCUCUCUGUCCUCUUUAGACCUCAAUACUUUGCGAUGGCAAAAGCUUGCAGAGGGGCAUGAAAUCUUCCGGUCUGAGUAUAGGUGGCAAUACUGCACCAUCAAUGAUGACGGGACUGAAGCCUGGCUACUUGGAUGUCCAACCGAUCCAGCGUCCGCUGAUCUAGGUCCCAACGGAUACGAAGAAUACCUGAGACCUUCAGCCACUGUGCGGCCCAGCGACCAACCGUCAAAGGGGUUGGGCGGUGAUCUUGCUAAACUCUUCGACCAGCCACCUGAAUCUGGGAGCGGCACUGAUUUUGUCGUGACGGCACUUGCAGCCGACGUAGACGAGGACGACGGCCUCGAUCCUGACUCGAAGGCUCGAGACGCUAUGUCGCAAGACCCGAAUUGGCUGUCUCCGGAUGCACCUACGUCUCGACCUAUUCACGUUCAUAAGCUCAUCUUGCUAGCACGCUGGCCACAUUUCGCACGCCUCUACAAUGCGCAGAUGGCUGAGUUUCACACGAAGAAGAUGCACAUCCCGGAGCCCUAUUCGGUCGUCAAGGCAUUCCUCUACUACCUGUACACAGACUCCAUUCAAGGCACCCCCGACGCCAGAGAAAGUAACGGCAGAACCGCCCUUACUGACGUGGCUGGUCUGCUUGUCAUGUCCAACAUCUACAACAUUCCUCACUUGCGUCUUCUUUGUGUCAACAGGCUGGCACGCGAGCUGGACGUGGAGCACGCAUGUGUGAUUUGGCACUGUGCCGGCCUUGCGUCAGAGGAAUGGCUAAGGAAGCGCGCUUGCACGUUCUGCUUCACCCAUUGGGGCCGCAUUGUCCGCACGCAAGGUUUUCUCAACCUUCCGCGCAGUGCUCUGGUAGAGCUCUCCCAGGAGAUUGACAUGGAAGGCCGCAUCGUCGGAGGUGACGAGCUCGAGUGGGGGAGCAUGAGCGCAGGGGAGAUGCAGGCCCCUCGCAAGCAAAGUGUGUCAAGCAAUCAGACGCAAAUGAUGGAGUCAGAGGGCGAGGAUGAUGAGGGUAUGGAGAUGAAUUAA